CAAAGAUACCGUACGAUGAGCGCGCCCGAUGUUUACAUUCUAACGUAUAAAACGCUGUGUUUCUCAUCAACCGUUUACGUUUAGUCGGUUAUUUUUAUGAGCGAAAAUCCGGCGCGUGUUUCAACAAGCAGCAACGCGGUAUCAUCUGAGCAGUGCGGUUAUUGCCGCAGCAGUAUCUCUCGGUUUUUGAACGAGACGACGUAUUCGAUUUUACUUGAUCUCUAGUGUCGGUGCUCAGGUGUUGUUUGUCUAUUUUUUUUUUGGUUCGAAUUUUAAAUCGGUUUAGAAUUUUUUUUUUAUUCGUGUUCUAUUUUUUUUGUUUUUUGUUUUUGAGUGAUACAGUUUGUGUUUGACAAGUGAUCAUUUGGAUAAUCUGUGAUUCUGAUCGGUGAAUGGCUCGUCAGCAAAAUGUCAGGGAUGACAGGUGCCAGCAUGCUUCGUACGCGCCGCAAGGAUGUCAACGUCAAGCCGAAUCGGAAAUUGGACCGGAAAUCGUCCCGGGGCAUGCUAUACGAGAACGAAGAACUCCGACUACGCACAAUAAACAUAAAUGCUGAAGUUGAAAGAGGUCAGUCAGACAUAAAGAAGUUAAAACGUGAAAACGAACAGCUGAAGAGGGAGAUAUCGGCCCUUCGUUAUGAAUACGACAGACUGGACAGCAUGCUCAGGGAGAGAAGGUCAUCGCCAGAACACUCGGACGACAGCGUGUCGUUAUGCAGCGCGUGUCCAGAAUGUGCCAGUGUGGACGGUUCGUCGCGGGCGGUCGCCUUCCAUGACCUGAGCGUGGUGCCUGAAGAAGGCGAACAGGAACCUAAGAGCGGCGGCGAGUCUCCGUGCACAUGCGAAGAAUGCCAAACAGAAGCCUCAAAGAAACCCGACGAUAAGAACAAUACAAGAACAAUGAACCAACGCGAAAACAAUGUGAAAAUACGACCAAUUAUAGAUGACAAUGCACACGAGCGCGUAGUGGACGUUUUAGUACAUGACGCACCGGCCGAAACACCUAGGUUCUUUCAAUCGGUGACCACGCCCCCAUACCAAAUCACCGCACCACCACCGCCGGGCUUCGUCGUCGCUCCAUACCAAACUCCCAGGUUCCACACCGGCGGAAACGUGGAAGACCUCCUCGGGGACGUCCAGUCGACCCCUACGAUCCAGCAAACAACGUUUAUACAGCAGAAUUCCGUAUUCAUGUGCAACACAAGACGGAUCACGCAAAAGCAGUGCUGCUGCCAAAGGGAUCCCCCGCCUAUCGCAAUAAACGGCAACCCGCAGCCCGAGAUACCGAAAUCCUACGUGACCGAAAAGAAUAUCGAAUUGACAUAUGAUUAUCCUAGAACGAAGCCAAUACAGAGCUCGAAGAAUUCAGGAGAGGAUUUAACUACAACGACAGAAGUCGCAAGCACGGUUGUGUUUGUCGAAAGAAGGAUCCCAGUUAAACCUAAGAAAUUCGACUUUCUGUUCAGAUCUCGAUCAGCGCCGGUCGGUGAGAACGAGGAGCCGAUAUACGCGACCGUGAACAAGCUACCCAAAAGAUUGCGUCGUAUGGAGCUCGCUAAUCUUGAGAAGGAAGUCGCGUAUAGAGCAGGCGAACCGGACUCUUCGAUAAGAACAGAUGUUACACUGAAAACCGAUUCAGAGUCGCAAUUACCGCCGCCCGAUGACGACACCAGUAGAUCGGAGAGAGAAAAAUCGACGGCACCUCAAAGGGCAGAGUCUCCGAAAGCAAAGAAACGUAAAAGGUUUUCGCUGACGUUCAAAAAGAGAGAACGAAAAAGAAAAGAGAAAAAGAAGAAAGAAGGUAAGAAUGGGAAUUCAAAGAAUGGCGUGCCCAAGAACGGAGGACCUAUGCUGGGAGAGUGUGACAACGAGAGGCUGAUCGAAGGAGAUGCACAUGACGUAUCGUGUGCUUCGCCAACGAAUAAACACAAACAUUGCACUCGGCAUAGACCUAGGAAUACAGUAUCGUCGUCCAGCUCUGGCCCGCGCUUCAAGCGGGAUAGCUAUCAGGAAAUAACAUCGCACUCUGAGCACGAGCGAACGAACAGCUUGUGUUCUUCGGUGAACUCGCUGGGGUCAGCGUGCACCCACAAAUCGAGAAAAUUAUCCGCCCCAACCAACGACACCUCCAUACCGUGGUGCGGCUGCUGGGGAGCCGGGUCCUCCAAGCACGUUCAAACAACGUCGUCACAUCCAAACUAUUUAUAUUCGUAGACUACUCGCACGCAUCUAGUUUUGUAUUAAAUCUAAUUACAGUACCCGGCAAUAAAUGUUGCACAUCGACCGGGGGAAAGAGACGGGUAAUUUUUGCUCCGUAGAACGUUAUAUCUGUCGCCCAUUACCUAAUUGACAUUUAGUCUCCAUAGAUACCGGAUCGUUAGUGUUUCGUCGCACGUAGGUAACGCUAUACAACAAAAACAUAAAUUAGACGACUGUCUCUUUCUAAAUAUCGAUGUGCAAUAUUUAUUGCCUGGUACUACUGUAAGUUAUUUACUUUAAAUUUUGUAAAUUAAUUCUUAAAUCUCAUUUUGAAUCUAAUACGAGCUAUGAUCUAUUAUUGUAAAAACUUUAACAGUCGGAUGAUUUAGUGUUCACAGUUGAAUUUGAAUUCUUUAUGUAUUUCGAUUCGUCAAAUACCGCUUUACUGUUAAUAGGACAUAUUUUAAGCGUGGAUAGGCACCAUCAUUCUGCCUAUUCCUACCCUAAAGCAGUAAUGUAUUCCGUCUUAAUAGGUAGAACAGUUACGUGGCGGCAUCCAUUAAGAUCUACGCCCUUACGUUUGCCGCUACGGACGCCGUUCCAACUCCAUACGAAUUUCAGUUAACUUUUACGCGAUUGAGAAGUUAAAAAACUCAUACUGAGUACACUGAGCGAGAUCUGUGAGUUUCGAUACCUUAUAAAAUCAAGUGAGCAGUGUACAUAUUUAGUUCAAAAAAAGAAAACCGAUAUUCUUACUAUCGAAGAUCUUCAGAAUUCAGUACAGUAGAUUGGGGGAAUAGAGGCUAGAGUUAGAAUAGGGACAAAUCUGGGAUGUCACAAUACUUUUGUUGAUUUGUUAGAUUUAAUUUUGUUGAACUGAAAAUGACCUUUUUUUAGUGUUUAAGAAUAUUAAAUAGUUUAAUUUAGUCAUCAAAGUUUUGUAACUUAUUAAAUUAUAUUAAAAAGUUAAUUACCUAAAGUUAGGACCUACUUAUCAACUAAAUAGUGCCAGCCCUAUUGAAAAACUAUUGUCCCCAUACGUAACCUGAUUCACCCCAAAUCCAAAGUGAAUCGGGUCAGGCUAGUUUUUUUCAGUUUUUGUGUAUAUUUUGUAAUGAACUAUAUUAUAUAAUAACGCAUCGUAUAUAAAAAUUUAAGCCUCCGGAACCAUUUUAAUCUCAUUUUUAUUGGUAUUACCCUAAGAAAAACCAUUGAAAAUUUGUGUUGGAUUUGGAAAGGGUCCCGAUUCCCCUCAAUCUACGAUAAUGUCAUAUUUUUAAGCAAUCUUUUAAUUUAGCCGAAAAUAAUGUUAGUGGCUACGUAGUAAGUAGUAACUCGUAUUGCAUUAGCGUAGGUACGGCGUUCGAUAGAUUCUUCAUCUUUUACCAAAAAAAACCAUUGCUUUUUACUUUUGUUUACUCGUUAAGAACAUUAUCAAGUUAAAGAAUUUAUUGUUUUGUAUUCUACUUAUUUAUUGUUUGUAAAUAAUGGAGAAAAACUGUGAUUCUCGUUUAGCGAUGUGCUAAUAUUAAUUUACCAUAGUUGUAUGAGAAUAAAAUUUUAUACGUUCA